AUGGCUCCUACACGACGAACAUCCGCACGUCACCAACUGAAGACCCCUAAUACCGUUAACGUUACACGUGCAGAACAGGCGACUGCAGGGGAGCACAUUAUAACUCCGUGCCGUGGCGAUGACCGACCCGGCAGCUUUGCUAAGCGUGCCAAAAUACCAUGGCGAGGCAACCUUAGCAGGCGUUCUAAAAAAGCCUCUGCGGCAAAGAGAAAGCGGGAGGAGGAAACCGAGGUAGAGGCCUCUUUGAGGCUUUCCAGUCAAUCUCAACGGAGGCAAGCCCGCAUCGAAAAGCUACUCGCAAUGCAGCCGACGCCGCUGCAACUUCCAUUCGACGGUCCCAGGAGACCACGGCUGAGAAAACCGCACGUAACGCAGCGAAAGCUGCGGCAACGUCCAUUCGACGGUCCCAGGAAUCCAUGGUUGAAAACCGCACGCCAUGCAGCCGACGCCGCUGCAGCUUCUGCUGCAAGGGCAUCGGAAAGUUCCGCGGAAAAGCGCACAAGGCGGCAACGCGAUGCAAUUUCAACUUCCGCUGCUAGAGCUGUAAAAGAACCUACUGAAAGGCUUGAAAGGUUGCAGACUGUUAACCAGCGCCGCCAUGCACAGCGAGGGCACUGUGCCCCACCAAAGCAGUUUUGGUUUAAGCUGGUGUUCAACUAUGAGCCAGUUUUGAGGCUUUCUGGUCGCAAAAACCUCCAAAUAGGAUCCAUGUCAGUUGUCUGUGGGCAUUGCAAUGCCAAAAAAUGGCCUGGAGUGUCUGCAGGUUUGUGUUGUUCAGACAGUAAGGUGCAGUUGCCACCUUUUCAAGAGCUACCUGAUCCGUUGAAAGCUCUGUUGGAGGGUUCCAGUCCAGACUCCAAACAUUUCCUCGCAAAAAUCAGACAGUACAAUUGUGCCUUCCAGAUGACCUCUUUCGGUGUUAAUGCCUUCCGCGAAGUCGGUUGGAAUCCCACCUUCAAGGUUCAAGGUCAGGUUUACCACCGGAUUGGGUCUCUUUUGCCGGAAACUGCCACUGAUUCGGCCUUUCUACAAAUAUACUUCAUAGCUGACUACAAUCAACAGGCAGAUGCCCGCAUGGGCAUUAUUCCCGAGAACGAUACAGGCCAGGACAAUCAUCCUCGCAGGGAUAUCAUAAUGAGUCUCCAACAAAUGCUCCACGAGACAAACAGCUAUGUCCGCAAUGGCGUUUUGAAUAUUUUCAUCCUUCCUCCCUCUUUAAUAUCCCUUAAUCUCUAUCUCUCUCUCUCUCUCUCUCUCUCUCUCUUCUCCUGUCUUUUCAUUCAUUGUCUUAUUCUUAAAUUCUUCCUCUCUUUGCUCUCUCUAUCUCUUUCUUUCUACUUCUCCCUAUCUCUACCUCUCUCUCUCUCUCUCUCUCUCUCUCUCUACAAAAUUUUAAUUCACCUGAAAAUUUUAUAUUUUCUUUUCAUUUUCAUUCUCUUUCUCACUUUCUUUUUUCUCUCGUUCUUUCUUUCUUUCUCUGUCUUUCUCAUUCUUCUGCCUCUUCCUUUCUUUGAUCCACUCUCUCUAUCUUUUCUCUCUCUCUCUCUCUCUCUCUCUCUCUCUCUGGGGUGGUAG